AUGUCUCUUCCUUUUUUAAUUGAAGACCAGAAAUUUGGCUUCUGGGACUAUAGAUUUGCAUUUUUUGUGAUCGAGAAUCGUUACAGUGUUGUUGCUGCACUGAAUGCUGAGAGAUGUUUUUGUAUUGAACAGGACACUGGUGCGCCAUUCACGUCGAGCGUGAAGGUAUGCCGGCAGCACCUGAUCGCAAUGACUGCCAACGAUGGAGCUGCGCUAAAUGCUGUUAAUUUGUCGCGGGUUAUCGUAAUGAUGAUGAACUCGUGCACCGGUGCCCCGCUGCAGCCACCACCGAUGCAGGCCAGCAAUCUCUGGGAUCAUCGCACCGGCAACGUCCCAGCUCUUGCGACAGGCUCCUCGGUGGAAAAUUUGUCAACAACUGCAGCAACGAGCAGUCUCUCUGACAGUGCUGCUAAUGUUCCCCCAGGUGCAGCUUCACAGCCUGUGCAGCAGAUCAGCUGGAAUCCAAGGAUUUUUGCAGCCGCUGUUCGGGAAUUGGCUCCAACUUUGAAUUGGUCGGAAGUUAUAAUGCACCUUGAUCAGACGAACUUUGUCGUGCGAAAUAAGCCGCAGCUACAACUAUUAACAGCGUUAUUGCUUGAGGGGCUCGGCUCGAAUUCGUUUCCAAUAGGAUUGCUUUAUCGGGAAUGGAAUUUUCAUAAACUCGGCCAGCUAUCAUGGAUUGAACAGAUAUUGCUCAACACGGACGUUUUCUGCUUUGCUGAUUACCCGUACAAAGCAGUCAAUCUGUCAGUGCUAAAAGUACAACCAGAAGAGACACGAGAAUUGAGUAACUGGCGUUGUUUGGACUUGGUGGACACACUGGUUCGAUUGGGUGAACUGAAGAAAUUCAUGAAUAUUGUGUUGAAUAUUCUGCUUCGGCCGGUCAAUUUAUGCCCAGAUGUGCUACUCUUGGCACUGCUGCAGAUACAGAUACCGACGUCGACUCUGCGCAUGCAUCUUUGUCAGCUACUGAUACCAGCACUGAUUGGGAGUCAUCCAAAUGCUGUUGCUGUACUG